CAUGUCCAUCGAUGAUGGCGGAUCCAAUGGCAAAUUUAACACCAACAAGCUGAACCCACUGGGCUCAGAUUUUCCUUGUUGCCUGCGACCCCGACCUUCAAAUAUUUGCUAUGCAAUUUACCCCAUAUCGGGGUAUUGCUUGCCCAUCGACGGUGCCGAUUCCUACGGGCAGUAUACCACAAACUUGCUGAAUCAGCCACAUGGGCGAAACAUCCUCUAGCGUGCCGGUUAAAACAAACAAUAAUGUUCCUGAGAUCCCAAUUGAGAUCGUCAGUGAUGAAGAGAUGGCUAUUAUUGAAGCUGCUCUAGCAUAUGCUCGUUCUUUCACUUUUUCUGUUGCCCCUGCAAUACCAUCACCCACUUUCCCCUCCCAGCUUCACAUAAAUGGGAAAUCCCCCGUUCGAUCAAUUGCCGUUCUAUCUAACAAGGGUUUCUCCAAUUGUUCUCAAUCUGACAUUGAGGAUUCCGGCAACAUGCUGAACACCCAGAAAAGGAGAAGAGAGGCCGAAUCGUAUCUGCACCGCUUCAGGAAAAAUAGGGGCUUGUCUAUCACCGAUAUUACAUCUACGGAAUGGUGCCAAAAACAAAUGGAAUUUACUCUCCGUUAUGGAGCACAAAAGAUAACCAAAGCUAUGAAAGCUGGGAUUGCUCGACACGUUAAACUUGAAGAAGAGAUUAUAAAACGGGUGGCAGUGAAGAUCAAAUCACAUGAAGAUUUUUGGGCCUUGAAGUUCAUUAAUUUUAUAAAUGGUGUUAACCAAUUACAGUUAGAAGGAGUCACUCGUGAACUGCCCAUAAUAGGCUUUGCAGAGGGUGUAUGGAUGGUGGGUGUAAUUGAUGAGAUUCGUUUGCCGCAGACAUUACAUAAUCGAAAUCCCAUACUAAUUGACACAAAAACCCGUUCUCGAGAUACACUUCCUUCUGAACCACAACGAAGAAAUGGAAGGCUGCAGUUAAUGUGUUACAAGUAUAUGUGGGACAAUUUGGUUGCUCGCAAGUUCCCCUCUAAACAUUUUUUUGAUUCUUUCGGUUUAAACCCUCACCAUACUCUUUGCGAAGAUCUGCAAGGGGAGAGUGGGGAUUCUGGAUUCUCUGCAUUGACCCUUGAUGAUGCGGUGACGCAUUACAAAAUUCCGCGUGCAGUGCUGGGUGCGGCUCACGAUCAGCUUCUAUUGAGAUACGAGUCACAGAAGGAUCAUUCACUGCUUGGUGAAGAUAAAUUUGCAUAUGAUCCUAAGUGGCUAAAGGAUCAGAUUCAAACAUGUCUUAAAUUUUGGGUUGGAGAGGAAGAAGCUAGGUAUGUCCCAGAGGAUGAGCGCUGGAAAUGUAAAUUCUGUCAAUAUGUUUCUAUCUGUCCUGCAUACACUAAUGCCGCGCAGCCGGUGGUUCUCCCUAAUCCUUGCGAUGACUCAAAUAUCAAAGAAAGCCAAGGCCCAUGCGAAUAAUUGCAUCUUCCUUCAAGUCAAUUCUCUGUGGUUGUACAAGAAGGGCCAUCGUUCUUGUAGACGGGUGUAAUUAUUUCCUUGUUUGUCUGCGAAAGUUGCAGAGAAUGUAAUUAUAACCCAAUGUGGCUGUAUGUUUUAAUGUCCAAUUAAUUACUCCCAAAUUGUAAAAAAGAGGGCAGGGUGAGUCUUAUCCAGACUCGUGAAUUUUC